CUAUAGGUGCCAUACCUGCCACCGGAAGUGAGUGAGGAGGGCAGUAUAGGCAUUUCCUGUGACGCGGGCGCCUGGACUCCAUUAGGCAGCAGCUGGGGGAAGAAUCAACACACCAGGGAGCGGAGCGCGGCGGAGCCGAGGACAGAGGCGGCAGCUGCCUCCGCCGCCGCCCGCCGCCGCCGCCGGGGCCCGGCCCCGCGCCCCCGCAGCCGCCCCGCGGCGCCCCCCGGCGCGACCCCCGGCCGCGCAGCCCGAGCUGCCUGCGGGGGGGAAGGGCCCGGAUCCCGCCCCCUCCCCCCUCGCCCCCCGCCCCGACCCCCCCCGCCUCCCCGCCGCCCCCCGCCCCGACCCUCCCCCGGCCCCGCCGCCCCUCCCCCGCCGCGCCCCGCCGGCUCCCACCACGGCCUCUCUCGGCGAGGAAACUCUGGCCUCCGCUUCCUCCUCCUCCGACUCGGACACCGGCGGAGCCUCCCCGCCCCCGCGGAAGAAACCCCGAGCCUCGGCGGCGGAGGGAGCAGGAGAGCCCGGGGCUUCGGCAGGCAGAGCAGGCCUCUCCCCUCCGUCCUCGUCGUCCUCGUCGUCCUCCUCCUCCUCCUCCUCCGUGGUGGUAGUGGUGGGACUCCCCCCGGCUGCCGCCCCUCCCGCCGCCGGCGCCGUCCCCCUCCGAAGUAGCGGCCACAGCCUGGUCGGCGGCGGCGUCAUGCAGGCCAACGGGGCAGGAGGAGGAGGAGGAGGCGGCGGCGGCGGGGGCGGCGGGGGCCAGGGACAGACCCAGGAACUCGCCUGCCUGGCGGCGCAGAACGGGGAGUCGUCGCCCUCGUCGUCGUCGUCGGCGGGGGACCUGGCCCACGCCAACGGGCUGCUGCCGGCCGCCCCCUCCGCCGCCAGCAACAAUAGCAACAGCCUGAACGUCAAUAACGGGGUUCCCGGCGGGGCCGCCGCAGCCUCGGCCUCCGUCGCAGCUGCCUCCGCCACCAGCGCCGCCGCCGCCCCCGUGGCCACCCCGGAGCUGGGCAGCAGCCUCAAGAAGAAGAAGCGGCUCUCCCAGUCGGACGAGGAUGUCAUUAGGCUAAUAGGACAGCACUUGAAUGGCUUAGGGCUCAACCAGACUGUUGAUCUCCUCAUGCAAGAGUCAGGAUGUCGUUUAGAACAUCCUUCUGCUACCAAAUUCCGAAAUCAUGUCAUGGAAGGAGACUGGGAUAAGGCAGAAAAUGACCUGAAUGAACUAAAGCCUUUAGUGCAUUCUCCUCAUGCUAUUGUGGUAAGAGGCGCACUUGAAAUCUCUCAAACGUUGUUGGGAAUAAUUGUGAGGAUGAAGUUUUUGCUGCUGCAGCAGAAGUACCUAGAAUACCUGGAGGAUGGCAAGGUCCUGGAGGCACUUCAAGUUCUACGCUGUGAAUUGACGCCGCUGAAAUACAAUACAGAGCGCAUUCAUGUUCUUAGUGGGUAUCUGAUGUGUAGCCAUGCAGAAGACCUACGUGCAAAAGCAGAAUGGGAAGGCAAAGGGACGGCUUCCCGAUCCAAAUUGUUGGACAAACUUCAGACCUAUUUACCACCAUCAGUGAUGCUUCCCCCACGGCGUUUGCAGACCCUGCUGCGGCAGGCGGUGGAGCUGCAGCGGGACCGGUGCCUGUACCACAACACCAAGCUCGACAGCAGCCUAGAUUCUGUGUCUCUGCUCAUAGAUCAUGUUUGUAGUAGGAGGCAGUUCCCCUGUUAUACUCAGCAGAUACUCACGGAGCACUGUAAUGAAGUGUGGUUCUGUAAAUUCUCUAAUGAUGGCACUAAACUAGCAACAGGAUCAAAAGAUACAACAGUUAUCAUAUGGCAAGUCGAUCCGGAUACACACCUGCUAAAACUGCUUAAAACGUUAGAAGGACAUGCUUACGGCGUUUCUUAUAUUGCGUGGAGUCCAGAUGACAACUAUCUUGUUGCUUGUGGCCCGGAUGACUGCUCUGAGCUUUGGCUUUGGAACGUACAAACAGGAGAACUGAGGACAAAAAUGAGCCAGUCUCAUGAAGACAGUUUAACAAGUGUGGCUUGGAAUCCAGAUGGGAAGCGCUUUGUGACUGGAGGGCAGCGUGGGCAGUUCUAUCAGUGUGAUUUAGACGGUAAUCUCCUCGACUCCUGGGAAGGGGUGAGAGUGCAAUGCCUUUGGUGCUUGAGUGACGGGAAGACUGUUCUGGCAUCAGAUACGCACCAGCGAAUUCGGGGAUAUAACUUCGAGGACCUUACAGAUAGGAACAUAGUACAAGAAGAUCAUCCUAUUAUGUCUUUUACUAUUUCAAAAAAUGGCCGAUUAGCUUUGUUAAAUGUAGCAACUCAGGGAGUUCAUUUAUGGGACUUGCAAGACAGAGUUUUAGUAAGAAAGUAUCAAGGUGUUACACAAGGGUUUUAUACAAUUCAUUCGUGUUUUGGAGGCCAUAACGAAGACUUCAUCGCCAGUGGCAGUGAAGAUCACAAGGUUUACAUCUGGCACAAGCGCAGUGAGCUGCCCAUUGCGGAGCUGACAGGGCACACACGCACAGUGAACUGUGUGAGCUGGAACCCACAGAGCCCAUCCAUGAUGGCCAGCGCCUCAGACGAUGGCACCGUUAGAAUAUGGGGACCAGCACCUUUUAUAGACCACCAGAAUAUUGAAGAGGAAUGCAGUAGCAUGGAUAGUUGAUGGCGAAUUUGGAGCAGACGACUUCUGUUUAACUUAAAAUUAGUCGUAUUUUAAUGGCUUGGGAUUUGGUGCAAACAAACAUGAUUGAUAGCUGGACAGACAUGCUCGUCAUGAAAAAAGAACCAUUUCUGAAGCCCGAUUGGGGCCAAACAUUUACACCUUGCUUCAUAGUAACCAGUUGAGAUGAAGCACGUCGUUAGAACGUUGUUGGACACCAUGUUGAAUUACCCCCAUCGGUUGUGAAGAACUGUGCUACAUUCAGGCUUACCCAUUGAACUCAGUAUAUAUAUUUUUUUCCCUCCUGCCUUUUGUCUGGCGGGAUACCAUUCUUGUUGCUCUUCUGUGUAAUGAAGUUUAAAUGCUUGUUUGGAAAACUUUAUUUAACAGUUUAGAAGGCUUGAUAGAAAGAGUGCAUUAGUCUGAAGAGUACACAUUGGAUAGGAAAGAAUUUCCUUCUUUUGUUUCUCCAAAUCUUUCCGCCUUAUUUAGCUUGAGAUCUUUGCAGCUUGGUUCAUGGAUUCUAGCCUUGCCCGUUGCGCAGUAUAUACUGAUCCAGAUGAUAAACCAGUGAACUAUGUCAAAAGCACUCUCAAUAUUACAUUUGACAAAAAGUUUUGUACUUUUCACAUAGCUUGUUGCCCCGUAAAAGGGUAAACAGCACAAUUUUUUAAAAAUAAAUUAAGAAGUAUUUAUAGGAUUAAAGUGACUUCAUUUGUAUACAUUUGGAAUCUAAACCAGCUUAAAAACAGUUUCCUGACUUAGAUACGCAGUUUAACUGAUGCUCUUUUGGAAUACCACAUGAGACAUGGUCAGAAACAGUGCUUGGAAGGACAUUACACAGGAAAUUCAGAGUAAUACUUUGAAGGUUUUCCCCCUUUUGUUUUAUUCCUGAAGGAACAUCAGUACCCGACCUUGAAGAGAUUCAAGAUUCAAAAAGAGAAUUUUAAAUAUACCGUGAGAGAUCAGUAGCCAGUUCAUUUUCAGUAAAGCUUAUUCCAAGUUGUUCUUAACUUGGGAAGUCAUUCUGGUGUGAUCUAGCAAGACAGUAGAAAUUGGCAGAUAAACCCACUUUGGAAGUUUAUAGUGUAAUUGAAAUUGUUAGAAGAAUUCAGCAGGUUACAAAAACAUACUUAAACUGGGAUUGAAACCUCAUAGUCAUUUUCUUAAUUGCCCUUAAUAUUUUGACAUAUAGGAUACAUAAAUUUAAAGAAUAUUGCUUCUCAGUUUUUCAGAUAUUGCCACAUUGAACCUCAUUCUAAACUGGUGCUGUGGGUAGUCUUUCCCUCUCCCCUCCCCUUUUAGUUAAAGGAAAGGUUUCCUUCAUGGAAAAGCACUUUUCAUUUUGAGAAUUUCACACUUAAGCCAAAAGCCUGAUGUUCACAUUGUGCUUUUAACAAAACCCUGUGACAGCUGAAUACAACAUAGUCUCCCUGGAAACUCCCUCCCUUUUUCAGUAGAGGAUAAAUAGGGUGACCACAGCUGUUCUGUUGGGGAGAGGAGUGGGGACACCCCCAAAAUAAGGUUAUAGUGAAGAAAAAGUCUUGGACUAAGUCCCCCUUUGGCCCUAACCAAGUCUGUCAUAUUACCGUGAGUAGACUCUUCAGGGUCCACACGGAAGAGAAAGGCGUGGGUGUCAGAUUCUUCCACUGUAGGGUGGGGGGUAGGAUGGCAGCAGGCAGAGAGGGGAAAGUCAGGGAAGGGGAGAAGAAAGGAAAACACAUUUGGCCUUAAAACAGCAUGCAUUCUCCCAAAAAGCCCACAGUAAGAAGAUGACAGAUCGUGGUCAGCAGAUUAUGUUAUCAAAUUGGUAUGUAAAAGAUUUAAGUUCCAUUUUGCAGAGACCGCCACUUAGAGAAUCAAAGAAUUCCUGUUUUGAUACUUCUAAGUUAAAAUAACUAUAUGUUAAAAUUUAUCUGGUACUUCAUUUUUCUUAACUAAAAUUACUUUUUACUUUAAGCUUGAAUAAAAAUCUUCAUUGGUAACUGUAGAUAAUUAAGUGGCAACUUCUCUUUACCUCAGUACAGUUAAAACCAUUCAUAUUUUAAGUGAUUCAUGUAUACCCUGAAGCCAUUAAUACACCCCAGUCUCUACAGUAACAUCACUAACAACGUGGGCGUAGAAACUCCACAGCUGUUUACAAAUUCGGUUACAGUGUGCCAUGGUGCAUUUGUAACAUUCACCGAGAUAUUUGUGCCCGUUCAGGGGCAAUUUGGCACUCAGAUUCUAUCUGCCUCACCCAGCCACCCCUCGAUCUGAGUUUUCAGUGUGCUUCUCAAGUACGGUUAAAAACACUUGACAAAAGUAGAGUCCAAGUGAGGCACAUUCUACAAGAACAUAACUCCUAUCAAAACGGAGUAACAACUAUGCAAAGGUUUCUGUAGCAGCUAGGUGAGUUUGUUUUCCAGGUCUGUCUGAACUGGCAGCUUCCUGUACAUACUGGUACUUUGCCGUGCCAAUUUGCUGUGAACGUCUGUUUCAUACAUUUGCCAUGCAGUGACUGUGCUAGAAAGGUGACAUAGUGGAGAAAGCUAGGAUGCUACGGUGUAAGAACAUGAUAGCAGGAUUUUCUAAUCUGUAGGUAUUAACCGAAAACUUCUGAUAGUGCUAUAGACUAUAGUAGGCUUAAGAGUGAGAAUACUGUCAAGCCAGCCACGAGAUACUAACAAAUGUAUAAUUUGAAAAGUACCAAUACUUUUUGCACAUAGAUCAAAAUAGAGUGGAGAAUUUUGGCUCCAAAAAUCAGGUUAGUAGGCUCAUUUCCAUGUGCUUAAAAAUGUUUUUGUUGUUGUUAUACAUUGAUCAAGGGCUAGAGCAAGUAUGAAAUUAAAUGUCUUUUUCCUCCAAAUAAUUGGUUUUAAUGGUAAAAUGUUGGAUUUGGGGAUUACAGAGAUCAGUGUGUGGGUGGUGAUAAAGAAUUAGAGUGGGAAUUAGUUGGGAGGGAUGAUUAAAGCCUCAGUUUUGGUUUUUGUAUUUCAGUAUUCAUAACAGCUACAUUUCUGUUCUUAUUGGCCAGAUAAAUGUGUUAUAUUAAACCAGGUAAGUAGUUCAAACAGAGGAAAUUUUAUUUGCAAAUGUCCCUACAAAUUGGCUCAUUUUAUUGGGUGGGAGAAGAAAAAGGGAUUCCCUAACUUUAAUUAAAAUAGCCUGCUAGUCAAAAGAUUAAAAAAUCCAAUUUUGUCAGUGUUUUCUUGGUCUGAAAAAACACAAGUAGUAGCUUUAUCUUUAGGAGUGCUCUGCCUCUGGAGUGGCAUUCCAUGGCACUAAUAGAAAAUCCCUCUGUCCCACCCCUCCCCAUCUUGAAAUUUCUUUUUUAGGAUGUUGGUUCCUGCAAAGGAGAACUGCCCCUAUCACCUGUGCCUCACGUGGGUAACUAUGUCGCACAUCUCUUGAAAGGGAAAAUAUCCAUGUCCGUUCCUUUCACAGCAGAAGAAUGGCUGCUUUUGAUUGGGGAGGAAAGAAGACAUUUUUCUUAAUAUCCUUUUUGCCCCAUUCUAAAAUGGAUAAAUAUUUUGAUUGAGUUUGACUUUAAUUUCUCACUCAGACUUGAGCAACUCUCCUUUUGGGCUGCUCUCGGAAACACACUUCCAUUUCAGAAACCACGUCUGAUUUAACAUAAACCACUAACUUUAAAAGAAGAGGUGAAUUUGCAUUUACACUUAAGACACUUUCUAAAAACAGGGUGAACUUAAUUGAAAUUUUUCAGUGUUGUUAAGCUAUGGUUAUAGUAGCUGCCCUAUAGUUGCAAAACAAAUACUAUAAAACCCAUCCCUUGUCUACUUAAUCCAGACAGCCUGGAUUUAACGAAACUAAUAGUAUAAGUGUGUGUGUGUGUGUGUGUGUGUGCGUGCGCGCGCGCGCUUUGUGUGUGGGAGAGAGAGAGUACCUAAUUCAUAAAAAGUCCUGGAAACAUGCUGUUCUAGGUUCUUGUCAUUUUUACUAAAGGUCUUGUGCCCAUGUGAAGUGCCCUGAGUUUAAGGUUUGGUUAAUACUGGUAUAUUUUUAUAAGAUUGAUACUGUGUCCCCAUCUUUAAACAUUUUCAUUAUCAGGGUCAAUGUGCUCGAACUGAAUUGUAACAUUUUUAGGCACAGAUGGAAAACAUGUUAUUGGCUCCUUGAAAAUGUAUGUGUGUGGCGAGGGGAAUAGAUCCACAAAAGCAUGUACGUACUUACAAACCAAGCUGUAGAGAUCAAGAAAGAACUUAAGUGUUGAUCUCAAGAUUUCUAAAUUGUCAAGAUUUACAUGGCAUUGUGGUGGAACUAGUUAACACUUAGAGCUUUUGGUAUGUAAUAACUAUUUGCUAUGGACUGAUUAAAUGUUUCAAAGGAUUGUGUUCUUAAAUUUUGGGGGGUUUUUGUUUUUUGUUUUUUUAACUGCCUCUCAGAUUACAUUUAGUAGUUUAAAUUUCUUUAUUAUUUCAUUAAAGUAUAAAAAUUUCAGGUCUCUGAUAUUUAUUUUCACUUGUUCUACUAAUUAUUUACAAAACACCCUCUAUUGACUUUUAUUUUAUAAAUGUGUAGUAUAUUAAACGUCUUUAAAAUUCUGUUCAAUUGAAACUACAUUAACUUUGAUUUGCUUUACUGGGAUUUUUUUUUUUUUUUUUAAUACACCUUUUCCAUGUCAGUGCGCAGCACUUAGCCAGUCGUUUGUAUUCCUUCUUUCAAUCCAAUAAACAGAAUGGAUAACUGA